AUGGCGACGCGCGACGGCGACGGCGACGCGGCGACGACGUUCACGCCCGCGACGCUCCGCGCGCUCGUCGAGCGCUCGAACGGCGCGCUGUGCGCGUUCGCGUGCGACGGCGUCGUGUUCGACGCGACGCUCGGGAAAGAUUUCUACGGCGUCGGUGGACCGUACGCCGCGCUGAACGGACGCGACGCGACGCGGGCGCUGGCGACGAUGAAGAUCAACGUGUCGGACGCGGACGAGGCGCUCGGCGCGCGCGGGCUGACGGAGGAGGAGUUGAAGACGCUGGGGGAGUGGCGCGCGAAGUUUGAGAGCAAGUAUCCGCGGUUGGGGACGUUUGAGCGGCGAGGCGAAGGAAACUGA